GUUAGUUAAUAAAGAUAUAUUUUGGUUAUAAUUGGUUUAAGCCGAUUGAUGUGGAGUUGGGUAUAUUCCUCCAUUAAUCGAAUGACUCACUCUCGCAUAAACCUUCCCCUUUUCAACGAAAACCAUCUUCUUUCCCCUUUGGUGGUAGCUUAGGGUUUCCUCAUUUCAUCCACCACCCAAGCUCCAUGGCUUCGUUCCUCUCUGCUUGAUUCUCUCUCUCUCAGAAGAAGAAGAAGAAGAGAUGAAUGUGAGUCAUGCAUCGGUGCAUCCGGUGGAAGAUCCUCCUCCAGCUACAGCCACGCCAGUAGAGAAUCAUCCGCCACGUGUUAGGAUGGAUGAUAUAGAAGGGAUGCCCGGCACUUUACUCGGCGUUGCUCUUCGUUUCUUCCAGUUCUUGUUCGCUGCUGCUUCUCUUUCCGUCAUGGCUUUUACUUCUGAUUUCCCUUCCGUCACCGCCUUCUGCUACCUAGUUGCAGCCACUGGACUGCAGAGCUUGUGGAGUCUUGCACUAGCCGCCGUUGAUGUCUAUGCCAUUAUGGUCAAACGUUCCCUACAGAACCGACGGCUUGUGAGCGUGUUUGCAAUUGGUGAUGGGGUGACAUCGACACUGACUUUUGCAGCGGCUUGUGCGUCGGCAGGCAUAACGGUGCUGAUAGACAAUGAUCUGAAUAGCUGCGCACAAAACCACUGUGUUCAGUUUGAAACAUCAACCGCAUUAGCCUUCAUAAGUUGGUUUGCUGCUUUGCCUUCUUUUCUCUUCAACUUCUGGUCUCUCGCAUCCCGUUGAUUAAAAAAGACAGAUAGAAAAGAUGAUGUUGCUGCUCCACGAGCAUGCGUUUCCACGGUGUGUUAAAUGUGUGGGGUUUUUUUUUCACGGUGUAUAGUGACUGCUUUUUCUUAUUCGGGUUGGAUCCAACAUUCUUCUAAACCCAUUACCAGGAAACUGGGAACUGUUGUUCGUUUUGUUAAACACUGACAAAAGAUUGGUGGGCUUUGGGAUCUAUGAUUGAAAGGGAAAGUUCAGUUCUUGUA